AUGCCAACAGACCCAACCCUCACCUCCCUCCACAAAACCCUCUUCGAAGAAGGCCUCAAAGUCCGCCGAGAAGUCGUCGGCGACACAUACGUCGACCGAGCCCUGGAAAACGGAUCCACCGACUUCUCCCGUGCCGGCCAAGAACUCGUCACCGAAUGGUGCUGGGGGUACGCAUGGACACGGCUUGGACUCGAGCGCCGUGACCGCAGCCUACUCAACAUCGGCAUGUUGAUGGCUCUCAACCGCGCACCGGAGCUGGCGGUCCACAUACGGGGCGCUCGUAAUAACGGUCUGAGCGAGGUUGAGAUUCGGGAAGCUAUUCUGCAUGCUACUACGUACUGUGGGGUUCCGGCUGGGGUUGAUGCUAUGAAGAUUGCGGAGAGGACUUUGAAUGAGAUGGCGGAGAAUGGUGAGAUGGAGAGGGAAUUGGGGGGUAAGGCUCAGGUUUGA